AUGGAGGCGCCGGCGGGGGAGUCCCCGGCCCGGGGCUGCGGCCCCCCGCCCGCGCCUGCCCCAGAGAGGAAAAAGAGCCACCGCGCGCCGUCGCCGGCUCGGCCCAAGGACGUGGCCGGCUGGUCGCUGGCCAAGGGCCGCCGAGGCCCAGGCUCGGGCGCUGCAGCCGCCUGCAGCGCCGCGUCCUCCGCGCGGCCCGACAAGAAGGGGCGCACGGUAGCGCCCGGGACGCGGGGCUCAGGGACGCGGGUCGCUGGGGUCCGUACCGGAGUCCGUGCCAAGGGCCGCCCGCGCCCGGGGACCGGGCCGCGACCGCCUCCACCGCCCCCGAGCCUCACCGACAGCAGCUCGGAGGUGUCGGACUGCGCGUCGGAGGAGGCGCGCCUGCUGGGCCUGGAGCUGGCUCUGAGCAGCGACGCCGAGUCGGCGGUCGGGGGCCAGGCGGGGGCCCGCACCGGGCAGCCGCCCCAGCCCACGCCGCCCUCACAGCAGCCUCCGCGGCCGCCCGCCUCCCCCGAUGAGCCGUCGGUGGCCGCGUCGUCGGUGGGCAGCAGCCGCUUGCCAUUGAGUGCCUCACUCGCCUUCUCCGACCUCACCGAGGAGAUGCUGGACUGCGGGCCUGGAGGCUUCGUGCGGGAGCUGGAGGAGCUGCGCUCGGAGAACGACUAUCUCAAGGACGAGAUUGAGGAGCUGCGAGCAGAGAUGCUGGAGAUGCGGGACGUCUACAUGGAGGAGGACGUGUACCAGCUGCAGGAGCUGCGCCAGCAGCUGGACCAGGCCAGUAAGACCUGCCGCAUCCUGCAGUACCGGCUGCGCAAGGCCGAGCGCCGCAGCCUCCGUGCCGCUCAGACUGGCCAGGUGGACGGCGAGCUCAUCCGAGGCCUGGAGCAGGAUGUCAAGGUCUCUAAGGACAUCUCCGUGCGGCUGCAUAAGGAGCUCGAGGUGGUGGAGAAGAAGCGGGCGCGCCUGGAGGAGGAGAACGAGGAGCUUCGGCAGCGGCUCAUUGAGACUGAGCUGGCCAAGCAGGUGCUACAGACAGAGCUGGAGCGGCCCAGAGAGCAUUCCUUGAAGAAAAGAGGAACCCGUUCCCUGGGGAAGACAGACAAGAAGCCUUCAGUGCAGGAGGACAGCGCAGACUUGAAGUGCCAACUGCACUUUGCAAAGGAAGAGUCAGCCCUUAUGUGCAAGAAGCUCACCAAGCUGGCCAAGGAGAACGACAGCAUGAAGGAGGAGCUGCUCAAGUACCGCUCCCUCUACGGUGACCUGGACAGCGCCCUAUCAGUGGAGGAGCUGGCCGAUGCACCCCACUCGCGGGAGACCGAGCUGAAGGUGCAUCUGAAGCUGGUGGAGGAGGAGGCCAACUUGCUGAGCCGCCGCAUCGUGGAGCUGGAGGUGGAGAACCGAGGCUUGCGGGCCGAGAUGGAUGACAUGAAGGAUCACGGUGGCAGUGGUGGGGGCCCAGAGGCGCGCCUGGCCUUCUCCGCCCUGGGUGGCAGUGAGUGUGGGGAGAGCUUGGCGGAGCUGCGGCGACACCUGCAGUUUGUGGAGGAGGAGGCGGAGCUGCUGCGGCGCUCCUCGGCUGAACUCGAGGACCAGAACAAGCUGCUGCUGACCGAGCUGGCCAAGUACCGCUCAGAGCACGAGCUGGAUGUGACACUGUCAGAGGACAGCUGCUCGGUGCUGAGCGAGCCCUCACAGGAGGAGCUGGCAGCCGCCAAACUGCAGAUCGGUGAGCUCAGUGGUAAGGUCAAGAAGCUCCAGUAUGAGAAUCGUGUGCUCCUGUCCAACCUGCAGCGCUGCGAUCUUGCCUCCUGCCAGAGAACACGGCCGAUGCUGGAGACAGACGCCGAGGCAGGGGACUCUGCCCAGUGCGUGCCCGCUGCCCUUGGCGAAGCCCAUGGCCCCCAUGCCACCCGCCUCUGCAGAGCCAGAGAGGCUGAGGCACUGCCUGGUCUCAGGGAGCAGGCUGCCCUGGUCAGCAAGGCCAUUGACGUCCUGGUAGCCGAUGCUAACGGCUUCUCGGCCGGCCUCCGCCUGUAUCUGGACAAUGAGUGUGCUGACUUCCGGCUGCACGAGGCCCCUGACAACAGCGAGGGCCCCAGGGACACCAAGCUCAUCCAUGCUAUCCUGGUUCGGCUGAGCAUGCUCCAGCAGGAGCUCAACGCCUUCACGCGGAAGGCAGACGCAGUCCUCGGGAGUUCUGCCAAGGAGCCGCAAGAGCCCUUCUCGUCGCUGACCCCCUUGGGCUCCCAGGGGCCCUCCAAGGAGAUUCUUCUGGCCAAAGACCUUGGCUCAGACUUCCAGCCGCCUGACUUCAGGGACCUGCCGGAAUGGGAGCCCAGGAUACGAGAGGCCUUCCGCACUGGCGACUUGGACUCCAAGCCUGACCCCAGCCGGAGCUUCAGGCCUUACCGAGCCGAAGACAAUGAUUCCUACGCCUCUGAGAUCAAGGAGCUGCAGCUGGUGCUGGCUGAGGCCCACGACAGCCUCCGGGGCCUGCAAGAACAGCUCUCCCAGGAGCGGCAGCUGCGGAAGGAGGAGGCUGACAACUUCAACCAGAAAAUGGUCCAGCUGAAGGAGGACCAGCAGAGGGCGCUCCUGAGGCGCGAGUUCGAGCUGCAGAGCCUGAGUCUCCAACGCAGGCUGGAGCAGAAGUUCUGGAGCCAGGAGAAGAACAUGCUGGUGCAGGAGUCCCAGCAGUUCAAGCACAACUUCCUCCUACUCUUCAUGAAGCUCAGGUGGUUCCUCAAGCGCUGGCGGCAGGGCAAGGUUUUGCCCAACGAGGGGGAUGACUUCCUUGAGGUAAAUAGCAUGAAGGAGCUGUACCUGCUAAUGGAGGAAGAGGAAUUAAAUGCCCAGCAUUCUGAUAACAAGACCUGCAUGGGGGACAGCUGGACCCAGAACACGCCCAAUGAGUACAUUAAGACACUGGCCGACAUGAAGGUGACACUCAAGGAACUGUGCUGGCUGCUCCGGGAUGAACGCCGUGGUCUGACUGAGCUUCAGCAACAGUUUGCCAAGGCCAAGGCCACCUGGGAGACGGAGCGAGCAGAGCUCAAAAGCCAUACCACCCAGAUAGAGCUGAAGGCUGGGAAGGGUGCUGGGGAGCGGACUGGGCCCGACUGGAAGGCCGCCCUGCAGAGGGAGCGGGAGGAGCAGCAGCACCUCCUGGCUGAGUCCUACAGCGCCGUCAUGGAGCUGACACGGCAGCUGCAGAUCAGCGAGCGCAACUGGAGCCAGGAGAAGAUGCAGCUGGUGGAGCGGCUUCAGGGGGAGAAGCAGCAGGUGGAGCAGCAGGUAAAGGAACUGCAGAACCGCCUGAGCCAGCUUCAGAAGGCUGCUGACCCCUGGGUCCUGAAGCACUCGGACUUGGAGAAGCAGGACAACAGCUGGAAGGAGACACACAGUGAAAAGAUCCACGACAAGGACACUGUUUCUGAAGCUGAGCUUGGGGGAACUGGCUUAAAGAGGACCAAAUCUGUUUCCUCCAUGUCCGAGUUUGAAAGUUUGCUUGACUGCUCCCCCUACCUUGCCAGCGAAGCCACCCGGGGCAAGAAGCUGCCUAACAACCCUGCCUUCGCCUUUGUGGGCACCCAGCCGGCGGACUCAGAGAAGGAUGCCCAGGCACAGCCACGGGACUGCAGCCACCUGGGUGCCCUGGCCUGCCAGGACCCGGCAGGGAGGCAGAUGCAGCGCAGCUACACGGCUCCCGACAAGACAGGCAUCCGUGUCUACUACAGCCCUCCGGUGGCCCGGCGCUUGGGUGUCCCCGUGGUCCAUGAUAGGGAGGGCAAGAUCAUCAUCGAGCCUGGCUUCCUCUUCACCACCGCCAAGCCCAAAGAGUCUGCGGAGGCCAACGGGCUGGCGGAGAGUUCCUAUGGUCGGUGGCUGUGCAACUUCUCCCGGCAGCGCCUGGACGGGGCCUCCGGGGCCAGCCCCUCCGCGGCCGGGCCCAGCUUUCCAGCAGCCCUGCACAACCUGGAGAUGUCAGGCAACAUGAGUGACGACAUGAAGGAGAUCACCAACUGUGUGCGCCAGGCGAUGCGAUCGGGCUCACUGGAGAGAAAAGUGAAGAGCACGUCCAGCCAGACAGUGGGCCUGGCCAGUGUGGGCACACAGACCAUCCGCAUGGUCAGCGUGGGCCUGCAGACCGACCCGCCCCGCAGCAGCCUCCAUGGCAAGAGCUGGUCACCCCGCAGCUCCUCGCUCGUGUCCGUGCGCAGCAAGCAGAUCUCCUCUUCCCUGGACAAGGUGCACUCGCGCAUCGAGCGGCCAUGCUGCUCGCCAAAGUACGGCUCGCCAAAGCUCCAGAGGCGGUCCGUGUCCAAGCUGGACGGUGGCAAGGACCGCAGCCUGUGGAACCUGCACCAGGGCAAGCAGAACGGCUCGGCGUGGGCCCGGUCCACCACUACACGGGACAGCCCCGUGUUGAGGAACAUCAACGACGGGCUGUCCAGCCUCUUCAGUGUGGUGGAGCACUCAGGGAGCACAGAGUCAGUCUGGAAAGUGGGUGUGUCUGAGGCCCGGGCCAAGCCCGAGCCUCCCAGGUAUGGCAUUGUGCAGGAGUUCUUCCGCAAUGUGUGCGGCCGGGCCCCGAGCCCCACCUCGGCAGCAGGAGAGGAGAGCACCAAGAAGCCGGAGCCCCUCUCCCCAGCCAGCUACCAUCAGUCGGAGGGCAUGGCCAGGAUCCUGAACAAGAAGGCGGCCAAGCCAGGCAGCAGCGAGGAGGCCAGACUCUCUGUGCUCCCAGGGAAAGACGGUGUCCUCCGGGACGCAGAUGGAACCCCAGUCCUCACCAGUGAGGAUGCGGUUUGUGACUGCAGUGCCCAGUCUCUCACCUCCUGCUUCGCGCGGUCAUCACGCUCUGCCGUUCGCCACUCUCCUUCCAAGUGCAGGCUGCACCCUUCAGAGUCCAGCUGGGGUGGAGAGGAGAAAGCAGCUCCCCCCAGCGAGUGACAGCAACUGAGCUUCAGGCCUCAACCAGCCCAGUCUCUGGAUAGCCGACGGGAACCAGCAGAGAGGAGGAUCGCGCCCUCUGCAUCACCUCACCCUGGGGGACAUCAGCUGCACCAUUGCCAGAGAACAGCUUUCCCAUCCCCCAGGUAAAGUGGGGUGUCCUGCUGACCACUGGGGUGGCCAUCUCCCACUCCCCAGGGGAAGGCAGUGAGUGGGAAAAAGACCAAAACUGCUUCGAAGUGUCUGCAGAGCGAUCCAAUGGGGUCUGAUCCCUGGGUCCUAAAGGAAAGUCUUGCCUGGUUCCACCCACACCCACUUCUCAGAAGAGCCCAGGAAAGGAUACACUUCUGGCCAUGCCCCUCAGGGAAAGGGCUCACAGAGAUGUUCCUUGCCAAUCACACCCCCUUCAUGGGAAGGAAACACCGGAAGAACAGGCUUUGCCCUAGGACUCAGCUUGGGGUUCCUGGUGGAGCUGGGCUGGGCAUGACACCCACCCUUUCCUUCCCUCCACCGCGCCCUCCUCCCAGCCCCACAGCUUUGGAUCGCUGUUACUCUAGGGGGUAUGAUAGCGCGAUAGCCAGGGCCAGUACCUGCUUGGAAUCACGGUGCCCUGGAUCUCCCUGCUAAGGGCCUGGACGCAGCAGGGACUGGGAGACGAGGUGGGGAUGCGUGGGCUCAGAGUCGGAGAGCCACUAGAACUGCCUCUCUUGCCAAAUGACAACCUUCCCAGGAGAUUCCUUGAGGACAGGAAUAGGUAGAAUCACUCCCAAGACCUGGUGCACAGAUAAGUGCGUAAAUGCUCGCUGCCUUGAUCACUGGGGCUUCUUUUCCCAGCACCCUGGAGGGGCACCACAUCUCCACUCUGUUUACAUCCCGUGGCUGGUGGAGGGCAAACAUGUUCCCAGUGAGAGACUCCCAGUGGCCAGGACAGACCAAGAGGCUGGUGCCCCAGGACUUAGCGGUAGACUGGGGCUUGGAAACACAUUUCUUGCCUAGGUGGUUUAUUUGAAUUUUUCUUACUAUAAAUAUUUAAGGUGGUUUUACUUUAUUUUAAUAAUUUAAUUUACCCAAAGUCCCUACAGUAAUUUAUUGGAGGUUAAGACAUGUAUUCUUGCCACUGGGAUAAUGCAAGGCUUUGAACACGACGGACAGGUGUGGGGCCCCCAUGUGGAUGAGACGGCUCAGCAGCCAAGCCCUGGCUUCCUGGUCAGGUUUGGGGCCCCCCCAAAACCAGCAGAGCUGGAGCUCUGCAUCUUGCUCCCCCAACAUCACUGACCAUUGGCUCAGAUCACUGUUUUUCCCUCAACGCCUGGUACUUGCCCGGCCUCUGGCAGUCAGCCUGUAAAUGCUCACGGACCAGCUGGAAGGCUGGGCCCACAUCACCACCUCCCAGACAUUCUCCAUUUCCCUUCUCAUUCUCCCCUCCUCCCGUAUGACACCUUUUUUUGAAAAGGUGAGUUAAACGUGGAUUACUAAGGCUCUACCAAGAGCGUGGAGAUCUCUCCAAGUUCCCCAAGUGAGAAUUCGCAGGAAAACAGGACUGAACUUCGAGAAUGUUGUUUAUUGCAGCUUUGCACAUGGAUCUGAGAGUGUCUGCCAGCCUGCCUCAGUUCUCACCAGCCUGCCAGCCUUUCCACCAGCCUCUCUCCUUAGCCUUAUGGCCUCCAUGGCUCUUCUCUCAGCCCCAACUCCACUGCCCACCCUCCCCCACGUCCCAUUCGAGCUGCUUGAGCAAUUAGAUAGAUUGUGACAUGGCUCAUUGCAGUAUGGCGAGGCGGCCUCGGGCGGCCUUCCCCUUGGGGCCAUGAACCCAUUUUGGUUGCACACAUGCAGAGGUGUGGCCCUCCUGUGCCUGGCUGGGCGCCCAGAGUGGAAGCCCCAGGAUGAAAUGGUUUGUCUGUGGAAUUCUCCAUGAGGAAGACCAAAAGCCAGCCGCUUGGCUGGUUUGCCCCCAGGACUCAGGAGGUGCCUCUGCACUCCCACCUGCUCCUAAUUCGGCCCUUUCAGGGCCACCUGGACCAGUUACUCAAAGUCCUACAGCUCCAUUCUCUUUCAGCAGAACAUCAGGGUCAUGUUCGACCAGCCACAGAGUGACUUGUGUGGGCACAGCAGGCAGGCCAGUGGAGCCAUGGGCCAGGCCCCCUGGGAUGCAGUGCUCCCACCCAAGAGGGCGAGGGGCCCCUCCAAGGUUAUCUCCUGGUGAGGGGACGCACAAUAGGCCACAAGCCACCAGAGGCCUUCCGCCACCUCCCUGAGCUGCCGUGGGCCAGGGGGUCUGCACCCCCAGCCUUGGGUAGAAAUCCUCGUGAGACCCAAAACCUGCGGCCUAUGGACCGGUCCGCUCAGCCUUACCAUCGUCCUCGUCCAAGAUCGUUCUUGCCGUCCUCGUCUCAGCGCCUGGCCACCUGGCCCCCAGCCAGUGUCAGAGGCUCCAGAGCUUGGUUCUUAAUAAAGUCCCAGUUUCUACUUCGUGCAUGCGACUGCGCGAGGUCACUCAUCACUCUUCCUGCAGAAGCCUCUGCGUUUGGGGCUUGAUGGGGUGGAAAACGUUGUAUGUAAAUAUUCAUUGGGUUUCAUUUUUAGCAUUUUAAUUAGUAACUGGUUGUGUUUUCUUUUGGAGGGUGGGAGGGUUGGUUUGUAAAAACUCUACUCGUUUGGAAUGUAAUUUCUAAGUUUGUUUGUUUCUUUAAAUGCCUUUCAGUCUUGGUAACAUUCCCAAAGCAGAAAACUGCCUGACCCACAGUGGGGAUUCCCUGGAGCAUUGGGGUUCCAGGAAGGAACGCUGCCCUUCUUCCCUCUCUUCCCCUUCCUACUACCCCUCUGCCUUUUUGCUCCUGGCCCCUGCCUCUUUCUCCCCCUCCUCUCUUAUUCUACUUCCCCCCUUCCCCCUAUCUCUUCUGUCUUCAACCAAAGUCCCAAGGAACCCUGGGGUCCUAGUCCCCUACAGACUGCUAGGCUUGGGCCCAUGGCGUUGGCACCAGUUGGUUAGAGGUGAAGAGUGGAAGACCGCUUGGCAUGGUUGACCCUAAACUGGGCAACAUCACGUUUCUUCUGUCAGAUCUCUUUCAAAGCCAAAUUAGACCCUCCUGGGGGCUGUGAUGUCUGCAUUUGAAAUGGAAGUCCUACCACUUUGGUGCAUCAGUGGGUUUAGACCCUGUAUUCACAAGGCUUCAGAAUCCAGUUCCGGUCUCCCAGCAGCCCCUGCCCCCAAUUGUUUCCCCAACAAAGGCUGACCAAUUUCAAAACACCUCCAAGAGGCCUUUCUUUCUCUGAGCUCAAAAUGGGCCAACCCUACAGCCUCCCCAGAGACACCCCUCUAGUGGCUGCUCUCCCAGGUGAUAUAGUCGAAGGCCCCAAAACUGGACCCUCUUACACCUUGACCAUGUGGCUCCAUCAUGCCUGCCCCCUGCAACUUCUAUAGUUUCGUCACCCCGGCUGUUUUCCUCUUGCCCACUCAGCUUCCAGGCCCUUCUUCCCUCUCCCUUCCUGUCCAGAAUGUCCCCCACCCCAUCCAUCCUCGCCAGCCCCUGACCGAGCUCCCAUUGCCUCUCCAUUAAUAAUAAUGAUCCCCUGCACGCUCCGCCUAGAGCAUUUUACUGUUUAGAAAUCACUCCCCCCAUCCCAUGGCUUUUCAAGCCUUUCAGGGACAACUCUGGGAGGCAGCUUUAGCAGGACAGGGUUUAGCGUUCCCACUUUGCAGAUAAAGAAAUGGAGAUGCAGGUCUCAUCCCGCGUCACCUGACUGGGAAAUCGCUGACUCUAGACUAGCACCUGGAUCCCCCAGCCCAAACUCUGUCCUGCUUGCUGUGUAGACCUGCUGCCCCACUGGGUGCUCUGUGAGGGUACAGGACGCCUAGAACCUGCCACUGCCCAACCCAGACAUGAAAGCAGUCCACCCUGGAUCAGUGGGCCCGUGUGUUCCCGAGGGUAGCCUGGGCCCCUUGCAUCAGGAACCUGCCUGUUUAACAGACUCAGGGAGAGCCUGAGCAGCAGCGGCCCGCUGUUUGUGUCCGUAGCCCCGGCCAGCAGGCCACCUUUUAACCAAUAACCACGAUGCUGUGUCGUAAAAAGGGCGUUGUGCUGGUAGUUAGGGAACUAAUUAUCUCCAAUCCAACUCUCAUGUAGUCUAAUUACCCUGAGAAUUUCCAAAAACCAUCAGAGGUAUAAUACAGCAGAAAUAGAAUCUUUUUAAAUGUUAAUUUAAUAAGACAAACUGUCAAAAAGCAAGAAGAGUUAUCAUUCCUCAAAUCUAUCUGAUGCCAUUCCCAUAAUCAUGCAGUUAAAAUUUACUCUUGAGUUUCCUGGAAUCCAUGGUGAAAAGAGAAACACCUCAGGUUCUGUAACGUUCAUCAUCCAGUCAUGGGAAGCAAGCAUUGCUCCAAGACACAACUCUCAUGCUACUAAUUUAUAGCCUGUGUCCUUUCUUCAAAGACCACUAAGCCAACUGCCAUUUCAACAGGUGAACCUAAGGUGCAAGGAUGUUUUCCAGCUGACUCUUUAAAAAAACAAACAAACUGCCACCAACUUGAACGACCUUGGCCUCAGAUCAUGUGGCUACUCUCUGCCUCAGUUUCCCCAGUUAUAAAGUGGGGAGAAUGUCCUUCUACCUCACAUGUCUGUGGUGAGGACCAAAUACAACACUGUGCCUGCGAGUCUGCUUGGAAAAACAUCACGUUCUACUCAAAUGGGAAGUGGUCUGAUCACACUCAUUGUCCCCAGGCCAGCCCCUCAGUGACCUGACCCUGAGGGUGACAUCCCCUUCACCCCCUCACUAGUCUCAGUGAAUAGAAAGUGGGUUGAAAGACCAACUCCCUCCCUCUUCAGAAAAAAUUGUUGCAAAAUACACGUAACAUAAAACUUGGUCGCCAUUUUAAGUACACUCACAGCGUUGUGAAACCAUGGCUGACGUCCAUCUCCAGAACUUUUUCAUCAUCCCAAGCUGAAACCGUCCACUAAACAUUCUCCAUUUCCCCUGUCCCCAGCCCCUGGUGACCUCUAUUCUACUUUCUGUCUAUGAAUUUGCCUAUUCUGGGUGCCUCUUAUACGUGGAAUCGUACACCCUUUCUCAUUGUGUGUGAAACCUCCUCAUUUUUUUGGAUGAGGAAUCAGGCCCAGAGAAGAGAAUGGCUCUCCCAAGGUCGCACAGCAAACCAGAGGCAGAGCCAGGACCAGAACCCGGGUUUCUGCACCCCUCGCCACUCAGUGAUCCUGGUUGCGCCUCUCCGUCUCUCUGGGCCAUCUGCUCGCUCCUCACCUCCCAUCCGCCCUUGCUUUUACCAUCUUCCCCUAAACCUCCUUUCCUCCUGCCUCUGUUGGUUCCGCCAGCAGGCCUGGCGGCCCUGACCAAUGGCCGGGUUUCCCUCUUCUGGACCCUCAGCCCUCCCAGAAUGGCCUCCUCAGCACUGCUCCUCCCCGCCCCAUGGCCUUCCCUGUACCCGCAGCAGCCCCCUCGCUGUCCCCAGGCUCACAUUCCUGUGUUACCAGGGAAGCGCCCUUAGCUGUGGUCUCCCAACUCUGAUGUUUGCUUUUCAGAUCUGGGUUUUUUUCCCCCUGGGUUCUGUUUUAUUUCGUGUCUUCUCACACUAAAGGGAGCACCUUCCCCCAGUG